AAACCGAUAGUGUUGCCCAUUUGUGAUACAGGGAGGAGGGUGGUGCAACGAUGUGGCAAGUUGUGUCCUUCGCAAGGGGACUCGACUAGGGUCGUCGACCCACAUGGUGAAACGAUGGCCGUUCACCGGAAUCCUUAGUGAUAAGCCAGAAGAAAAUCCUGAUUUUUUUAAUUGGAACAGAGUUAUACUUCGCUAUUGUGACGGCGCAUCAUUUGCAGGAGAAGGCGAAGACAAGGCUGCAGGACUCCAAUUUCGGGGCCAACGAAUAUGGUUAGCUGGUAUGGAAGAAUUAAUGUCGAAAGGAAUGCAAAAAGCUAACCAGGCACUUCUUUCCGGUUGCUCAGCCGGGGGUUUGGCCUCUAUACUACAUUGCGACGAGUUUCGUGGCUUGUUUCCUAGUAGUACAAAAGUGAAAUGCCUCGGCGACGCCGGAUUAUUCUUGGACGCGAUAAAUUGGUACGGUACGCGAACAAUGAGGAAUAUUUUCGAUGGCACUGUCUCAUUGCAGGAAGUGGCAAAGAAUUUGCCAUCUAGUUGCACCAACCGUCUUAAUGCUACUUCGUGUUUUUUUCCGGAGAACUUGAUUGCGAACAUCAAAACACCUCUAUUUUUAAUCAAUUCUGCAUAUGAUUCAUGGCAGGUUAAAAAUAGUUUAAUCCCCACAAAUGAUCCAAAUGGCUGCAGGCAUAGCCAUUUAAAAUGUUCAACUUCACAAAUCAAGUUUUUUCAAGAGUUUCGAAAUCAUAUGUUGACUGCAAUAAACAGUUUCUCUACUUCGAAACAGAAUGGGUGGUUUAUAAAUUCGUGUUUUACUCAUUGCCAUACCGAGCAUCAAGACUUGUGGUUUGCCAUCGACUCUCCUCGUAUUGGCAAUAAGAGAGUCGCAAUUGCGGUGGGAGAUUGGUUUUUCAACAGGGCGGAAAGUAGGAACACCGAUUGUCCUUAUCCGUGCGACAAAACUUGUCGUAAUAUGGUCUAA